CAGGGAGCCCGCCGCGCCGUGCGACCCUCCCCAGCGCUAGCGACCCUGCCAGCGCCCAGUGCCCUGCUCCGUGCCCCCAGACCCGCAGCCCUCAGGCGCCAGUCCCUGCACCCGCCCCUGUCGCGGGCUCCAGCUCCUCGAGCAUCCACUCCGGCUGGUGGGUCCCCCGAGGCCUCCAGGCCGGUCCCAGUCCUUCAGUCCGUCUGGUCGGUGGGUUGCGUCCGCUCGCAGUGCCAUGCCAUUCCUCGGGCAGGACUGGAGGUCCCCCGGGCAGAGCUGGGUGAAGACGGCCGACGGCUGGAAGCGCUUCCUGGAUGAGAGGAGCGGCAGCUUCGUGAGCGACCUCAGCAGUUACUGCAACAAGGAGGUGUACAAUAAGGAGAAUCUUUUCAACAGCCUGAACUAUGAUGUUGCAGCCAAGAAGAGAAAGAAGGACAUAAUGAAUAGCAAAACCAAAACUCAAUAUUUCCACCAAGAAAAAUGGAUCUAUGUUCACAAAGGAAGCACUAAAGAGCGUCACGGAUAUUGCACACUGGGGGAAGCUUUCAACAGACUGGACUUUUCUACUGCCAUUCUGGAUUCCAGAAGAUUUAACUACGUGGUACGGCUGUUGGAACUGAUAGCAAAGUCACAGCUCACAUCCCUGAGUGGCAUCGCCCAGAAGAACUUCAUGAACAUUUUGGAAAAAGUGGUACUGAAAGUCCUUGAAGACCAACAAAACAUUAGACUAAUCAGAGAACUCCUGCAGACCCUCUACACGUCCUUGUGUACGCUGGUGCAGAGAGUCGGCAAGUCUGUGCUGGUCGGGAACAUUAACAUGUGGGUGUACCGGAUGGAGACGAUUCUGCACUGGCAGCAGCAGCUGAACAACAUCCAGAUCACCAGGCCUGCCUUCAAAGGCCUUACCUUCACUGACCUGCCUCUGUGCUUGCAACUCAACAUCAUGCAGCGGCUAAGUGACGGACGGGACCUGGUCAGCCUGGGCCAGGUGGCCCCUGACCUGCAUGUGCUCAGCGAGGACCGGCUGCUCUGGAAGAAGCUGUGUCAGUACCACUUCUCUGAGCGGCAGAUCCGCAAGCGAUUGAUUUUGUCAGACAAAGGGCAGCUGGAUUGGAAGAAGAUGUAUUUUAAACUUAUCCGAUGCUACCCAAGGAAAGAGCAAUAUGGAGACACCCUUCAGCUUUGCAAACACUGUCACAUUCUUUCCUGGAAGGGCACUGACCAUCCGUGCACUGCCAAUAACCCGGAGAGCUGCUCUGUUUCACUUUCACCCCAGGACUUUAUCAACUUGUUCAAGUUCUGAAUCUCAGCACAUGGAAACACUGCAGAAGGGUCCCCCUGCUGAUUGGAUAGCUGGGAAUGUGGCGUUCGGACACUUCAUUUAUAAAUAGUGUACAUUUUAAACAUUGGCUCAGAACUUGUGAGCUAAGUCAUUGAGAGGACGUUGGAGGGGAAGGAUGCAGUGGCUGACUGGGAAUGUAAGAAUGUGAACCUCUCGUUAGAAUUGGUAUGGAAAAGCAGAAAUACUGUAAAUAAACUUUUUUUUUCCUAACAAUUUGCCAGCAAGAC